AUGUCCACACAGAUCGAGGCUAGAUCUCUGGCCUCGCUCAAUUACCUGGCUGCUAACCCUCCGCAAUACCCUCACAACCCAGCCGAGCAGCGUCAAGAGCCGUUGACUCUUUACAUUUCCCGUGUUCCAGGGACACGAGACGUCAUUCUGACAACCUCAAAACCUCACAUCAAAAAUGUCACCAGCGAAGAUGUCGCAAACUCCUUCUACUACAUCCACCUGGAACUCCCCAGCGACGGCAACCGCCCUUACGAACUGAACACGCCGCAGCCUCACCACCUCCGCAACCCAGACACACCGAGGUCGAGCCAGGACAGCUCCCGCAGCGCGAACCAGAUCCGCCGGAAACCCCUCCCAGCCAGCGCAAAGGUCCCCUCACCACCAGCAGAGCCCGUGCGGUCAUACCCGCUCCCCGGAUCUCACCCGGCGUCCGGUGGUUACGGCAGCAACUACGACCAGCAGCAAGUGCACCACGGCGACGCCCCCGAUGACUGCCUGCCUGAAACCCGGCCAGAGCUGCCCCCGCGGCCCCUCUCCUACUCGCCUCCGGCCCCGGUUCGCAAACCCGUAGGCCCCCGGGCCAUCCCGACCUCAGGCUCGGCUCCGGCUCCGGACCGAGACCUGCCGCACCCCUCGGACUUUCACCGUCCCUCCCCAUCCGGAUCCCCCUCCCGCAUGCCGCCCCAGGAGAGAUCCCACCGCUCGUCAUCCCGCCCACCAACAUCCACAUCCCAUCACACCCGCCAACUCUCCCGGUCCCCCUCACCCAACCGCUUCCACAACACCGCCGCCGUGCCCUACACCCUCUCCAUCAUCCGCCGCGACCCCAGCACAGGCAACCAGUGGAACAUCGGCCGCGUCUCCUCACACCAACUCGAAGACUCGGGCGAGGAGUACGAGUACUUCUCCUUCGACUCGGCCGGGCUCUCGGCCCACGAACGCCGCCGCGCAAACGCCCCUCAACCACCCAUCAACAUCCGCCUCGAAUCAUCCGGGUACGCCAAGUUCCGCCACAUGCCCCUCCGCCAGAGCAUCGACAUGCCCCGGACGUCCACGUCCACCCCUCCCUUUGCCAACUCGGAAGACGCCCUGAACUGGCACCAGCAGCAACAGCAACAGCAGCACCCCGCAGAGGGCGGGUUCACGCGGCAGGUGGUGAUGGCGUACACCAAGUCGUGGACGACCAACAUACGCGAAAAGUUCAACAACUCGAGGUCGAGGUCGGAAAGCAUCGACGAAGCCUACGGCACGUCGCCCGGCGCCGGCGCCGGCAUCGGGGCACCGCCGACGCGGUCCAACAGGCACUCGCGACAGCUCAGCACGCACUCGACGGGGUCCAUGUCGUCCAACGCGAGCGACUCGGGCCCCAUCAUCACGCAGCCGGGCCACGGACUGCGGCCGCGCGGGUACGUGUUCGUAUCGCCGUGGGACGGGCGGUGCGAGUUCCGCACGGGCAACGCGGGACGCAGCGUCAAGUGCAGACACGUGCUGCCGCAGGCCGGCGGCGGCCUGAGCAACCCGCUCGCGCCGUCCGGGUCGUCGUCGUCGUCCGGCAACUCGGCGCCCGUGAGCGAGCUGCGGUUCAACCUGCCGACGACGGAGCUGUUCAAGCAGGAGGGCAAACGGGAGCAGCUCAGCGGACACUUUAGCAAGUUUCUCAACAUUGGCAACCGGCCCGGCGGCGGCGGCGGCGAGCACAGCGACGGCGACGACGAUGUACCUAGUCCGUUUGACCUGAGGCUCGGCAGGGAGAAGGCUGGCGGGGGUAAUCGUGGCAAAAGGGCGAAGUUGGGCAAGCUGAUUAUCUAUCCUGAAGGUCUGAAGAUGUUGGAUCUUGUCGUGGCCGCUAAUAUGGGUGUGUGGUGGGGAGCUUGGGAGAAGAGCUUCUAG